UAUUAUUAUUAUCAUCAUCAUCAUCAUCAGUGCCUAUUUCAUGUGCACGAAGAGCUGUUUUUGGCCAUAUUGAGGCAGAUCUUUGCUCUAGUUAUGCAAUUGUUAUGAAUUACCGAGACGUUCUGACUAACUAAAAAGAGUAUUUUAUAAAAUCAGAUCUAAUGUUAGCAUCUACUUCAACUCUUAAGAUUUGCUAUUCAUUUGCGAUGAAAAUUAUCGUGUCGUGCCAGUCGAAAAGGUUUUGGGCUAAUCAGGACUUGAGGAUAGCUUCCAACAUUUGUCUCGGUGCAAAGUAGAAGUGUUGAAAUGUGCCAAUGUUUUGUUUUUAUUUAUUUUAGUUGCCCAUCUGGUUCUGUUAUGGCAUUAUAGAGAAAACUUUCUGCAGGUGUUAGCUGGCAUUUUGGUGCCUUGCCCCGUUUUGGCACGAAUCAAACCAGUGUAGUGAUUCUUUAUCUUUACGUAUACACGUGGAUGAUGUUUUUAACUAUAUUAGUAUACAGAGCAUUUGACCAUGUCAGUAUGAAAAAGUUCUUUUUAACAUCCGUCCAAUACGUUUUCCAGAUUAUUCUCUACGAGGAUAAAAACUUCAAGGGCCGCCGCUAUGAGUGCGACAGCGACUGCUCAGACUUCCACACCUACCUGAGCCGCUGUAACUCCAUACAUGUGGAGAGUGGCAUCUGGGUGGUCUACGAGCGCCCCAACUAUAUGGGCUACCAGUAUGUGGUAACACGUGGGGAGUACCCGGAGUUCGUGCGCUGGAUGGGCCUCAAUGACCGGCUCAGCUCCUGCAAGAUGAUCCACUUAACAAGUGGGACACAGUACAAGAUGCAGUUCUUCGACAAGGCAGACUUUGCCGGUCAGUCAUUCGAGGCCACAGAAGACUGCCCGUCCACUCUGGAGCGUUACCGCAUGAGAGAGGUACACUCCUGCAAGGUCCUGAAUGGCUACUGGGUAUUCUACGAGCACCCCAAUUACCAUGGCCGCCAGUACAUCCUGGAAAAGGGCGAAUAUCGCAAGCCUGUGGACUGGGGUGCGGUCUGUCCCACCGUGCAGUCUUUCCGCCGCCUGACCGAGUGACCUUAACCGAACAAGGAUGCGUUGAUGCCAUGUGCCGCAUGGUUACAGCUCUUUGGUUGUGAUUUAAACUGAAGAUGAAAUAAAGUUUGGCUGCUGAUAGCUUGGAAGAGUCUGUUCGAUUAUUUACAUGGUUUUAAUUACUGCACAUGAUCCUGGCCCAAGAAGGUCUUCAUAGCUAGCUUUAGUUACAAGCUGAAGAUGACAUAACUAUGUUUCCAGAGGUGUUUUGACUGGGUGGUCGAAACGUGCUGUGUUUUGAAGCACUGGCCUCAGGUCUAGAAUGACAGGGUGGGAAUUGAGG